CAGCUCCUUCCACGUCUCGCUGGCUGGCGGACGACACGGUCAUCAGCGGUGUCCGGAUACCAGGAGGAGUCACCUGCUUUGUAAGCUACAUCUACACAACACUGCAGCCGUAUCUACACAACACUGCAGCCACAUAUACACAACGCUGCAGCCAUAUCUACACAAAGCUGCAGCCACAUCUACACAACACUGCAGCCGUAUCUACACAACGCUGCAGCCACAUCUACACAACGCUGCAGCCAUAUCUACACAACACUGCAGCCGUAUCUACACAACGCUGCAGCCACAUCUACACAACACUGCAGCCACAUCUACACAACACUGCAGCCGUAUCCACACAACACUGCCGCCAUAUCUACACAACGCUGGCUUGAAUCAUGUCCACUAAACAGACUGGCCUAGGUUAUACUUAGUUGUUGUUAUUAGUAGUCAUUUAUUGUUAGAGUUGUUAGAGUAUGACUUAUUUAUCUAAGGCUGGUGUUGAACAUGUCUUGUCUUGUUUUGUUGCAGUUCAAUUCCUAUGUCACCCGGAUGUAGUCUAAAUUGUAUUGGAACAGUGCUGGAUCGAUGCAGUGGAAAAUUACGUUCACAUCAAAUCAAAUAGAUGUUGAUUUGUGUUGCCCUUUUAACUCGCAGAGGGCUACACUGAUGCCCAUAGAUUGGCAUCUUUAACCAAUCUAAAGCCUUAUGGAAAACAACCUUGAGUUUCUAAACUUUUCGAAAUUUCAAAAAGAUAUGUUUCGAAUCAUGAUAAUCGUACCAUAGUUCUUCUUUUUGAAGUCACAUUGAACAGGACGUUAUUGUAUACAAAACGUUUAGGAAAAAUAGAUUUUUUAUGGACUCUUAAGUUGAUUGGAUCAACAAAUUAUCCAAACAAAUUAAUUCCUUAAGGUCGUGGGCUCCCAAACAACUCCGACUACUGAUUUAAAUAGGCUACUCAGAGCACAAAGCAUCAAACUGGGGCAUGCGCAGAAACUUUCCUGUUGUUGGUUUCGCUCAUCCUUGAAGUUGCAUAGCGAUCCAGAGAAAUUUAAAAGUUGCCCAACACAUAGUUGGCAUAAUCGAAAAUGUCAUUUUACGCGAAGAGCGAUAUAUAGUACACAGCUAUCGAGAACAUGGCAUUCUUCAGUUAUUUUGCAAGUUUCUCAUUUACCGUUCUUGUAUACAUUAUUGUUUUAUGUUUUGUCACAUUUGUUGGUUAUUGUUUGUAUAUUAAGUACAUACACUGGAAAUACGAUCAUAUACCUGGGCCGCCACGAGCGAGUUUUCUAUUGGGACACACAUCCCAUUUUCUCAGGGCGAUGCGUGAAGAUCGAGUUAUACACGAUGUGUUCCUCCAAUGGGCUGAAGAAUAUGGACCUGUGUACCGGUUAAAUGGCCUGCAUGUUGUUUUCCUUCUUGUGUCUUGCCCAGAGGCCACAAAGGAUAUCCUGAUGUCUUCAAAAUACCGCAAAGAUGAAAUAGUCUACAAACGUCUAUUUAGCUUGUUUGGACAAAGGUUCCUAGGUAACGGCCUAGUCACGGCCCAGAAUCAUGAACAGUGGUACAAGCAACGUCGUAUCAUGGACCCUGCUUUCAGCAGCUUGUACCUGAGGGGCCUCAUGGGUCAGUUCAACGAGAGGGCAGAGCGACUGAUGGACACACUUGGAGAGCUGGCAGACAGCAAGACAGAUGCCAACAUGCACCAACUGGUCAACUGUGUAACUUUGGAUGUCAUUGCUAAGGUGGCAUUUGGAGUGGAUCUGGACUUGCUGAAGCAGAAGGACUCCCCUUUCCCUCACGCCAUACUGUUGUGUCUGAAAGGGAUGGUGUAUAGUUCGAUGGAUCUUACCUUCCAGUACAUGCCGAAGAACCGGAAGUUCGUCCGUGAAGUGAAUGAGGCUGCUCUGCUGCUGAGGAACACAGGUGCUGAGUGGAUUAACGAGAGGAAGGAGGCGAUCCAGAGAGGAGAAGAUGUUCCUAAAGACAUACUCACUCAGAUCAUCAAAACAGCCAACAACGAGGAACUCAUGGAUAAAGAGGAUGAGGAGCUGAUGUUGGACAACUUUGUGACGUUUUUCAUCGCAGGACAAGAAACAACAGCAAAUCAACUUGCUUUUGCCAUUAUGGAACUGGCACGACUACCAGAUAUAUUAGCAAAGGUGACGAGAGAGGUGGAUGAGGUUGUUGGGAUGAAGCAGGAGAUCAGCUACGAUGAUCUGGGGAAAAUGGGUUACCUUUCACAGGUGUUGAAGGAGACCCUGAGGUUGUACUCCACAGCUCCUUCCACGUCUCGCUGGCUGGCGGAUGACACGGUCAUCAGCGGUGUCCGGAUACCAGGAGGAGUUACCUGCUUUUUCAAUUCCUAUGUCACUGGAAGACUGGAUAAAUUCUUUAAGGACCCGCUGACUUUUGACCCAGAUAGGUUUCACCCUGAUGCUGCCAAGCCCUACUACUGCUACUAUCCUUUUGCCCUAGGACCACGAUCUUGCCUGGGACAAAACUUUGCACAGAUGGAAGCCAAGGUUGUGAUGGCCAAACUGCUCCAGAGGUUUGACUUCAGCCUGCUGCCCGGCCAGUCCUUCGACAUCGCCGACACAGGCACACUGAGGCCUAAGAGUGGAGUGAUUUGCACCAUCAAACACAGACAAACAAACUCCUCCUGAAGUCUACCUUACGCAAAGUCCUCCUGAAUAACACCUUUCAUAAACUUUAAUUGUACUGGAUCUGUGCUGGAUGCAGACGUUGAAGAUUACAACGUUAAAAUCAAAUCAAACACAUGUUUAUUUGUGUAGCACUUUGAAGUCAAAGAGGGCUUCACAGAUGCCCAUUCUUAGUUAUAUUGACAUCUAAAGCCCCAAGUAAAACAACCUUGGGUCAGCAAUAUCUUGUCAGAUAACUGCUUCGAUUCAUGGCUCAUCAAGAACAGCGCUUAAUUUUCGUUAUACGCGGGUCUAAAUUAGAGGAAACGUCUAAACCAAUGAUAAUCAAUUGAAAUGUUCAAUGUCAUACGCACCAGAGCCAUAGAAAAUAUGUUUUCAUUUUUUCUAUGGCUCUGAUACGCACACCCCACGUUUGUGCUGCGUCAUAUCCGUAUUUUCUGUCGGGUCCAAGGUUUUUGUCCCAUGAACCCGUACAUCAUUCCUCACUAGGUUGGCUGUCCUAAAUUUCUAUUAAUGUACUGCUAGGCCAUUUAUGUUUGCAGUGUACCUUUCUCACAGUUAAAUAAAAUAAAAAGUAGAAGAGUGAAAAAAUCA